CCCUAAUUAUAGAGCUUCAGAACGUAAACAAAACACCACCAUAGUCAUAGUCAUAGCCAUAGCUUAGUAAACGACCUGUUACUUCUCUUCUCACACUACUUUGUGAAUGUGUUUUUAAUUACGGCUAUCGGGCUAAUAUGCAAGUAAUUUUUAGAAAAUUCUAUUGAGAAAUACGAAUAUUCUUAUAAAUAAUGCUGCUGGCUUAUUUUUACUUGAUAGGCCUAUUUUUAACAGUUAUUUUUAUUUUUGCCAUUAUGAACGCAAGAAGUAAAAGUAGGAACCGUCAAAGACGACUACUUAACCGAACAAAAAGUGAUGGAAAUAAUGCAUCUGUUCUCAUUGUCGUUGGAUCAGGUAAGCCUUAGUUGGCAGCCCAUGCUAUAUAAGUGAGUGCUGGUUAAGGAGAUGAUACUGAAAUUCACUUGGGUUCUAUACGAAUUCACAAAUCACCAAAGGGCAAGGGUCCCGUUGUAGGCAGUGUAGCUUUUAAAUUUGUAUGUCAAGGAGACAUUUUUUAUUUCAGUCAAUUUAAAGUACUUUUUUAAAGUAAAACUUAAUGUAAACCUCAUCUUCCCUUAUUUAAUGCUUGGGAAGCCCCCUGUGGGUUAUUCCCAGCCGACUGCGUAUAACUCUCAGGGUUAUGCGCAGUCGGCUGGGAAUUUAGCCAAAUAAGGUUUAUCAAUCGCUUGUUUGGCAAUUUAAAAAAAAAGUAUUAUGCGUAAUUAGCCGCAUGAUGGGUUGUUUUGAACUAUAACUUUUUAUGUGUUUAACGUACAAUUGUAAUUGAAUUAAUUUUAAUUAAUAAUGAAAUUGAAUGAUAGCAAUAGUAUUAUUAGUGCUAUUAUUAGUAUUAUUGCUUGUAUCUUAUAUAUUAUAAUUAUAAGUCAAAGUCUACAUUUCUUAGACUUAGAGUCUAAGCCUAAGUGUAAGAUUUUUUAAAAGGCAUUUCCAUGGUCUAAGUCUAGUUAUGUAUUCUGAUUGAUUAGGUUUUUAUAUGUUGCUAUGACUAUGUGGUUGGUUUUACUGACUAAUUCAGGAAAUACAUUCUAUUUAUUUUUUAAAAAUUUUUAUCAUUUAUGAUUUUUUUUUUUUAUGACCAAAAUAUAACAGUUUUCAGCUUCCAUGCAAAACUAUAACUGUGUGAAAGUAUUACUUAUAGUACCCCCUCUACAGAACUCCUGCCCCUACAGCGAUUUACUUACUGCUGCUCUCCACCCAUGAUUAUAUUUAUUACUGUACCAGAGAAACAUGAUCUUAUCUCCCACAAAAUUAGUUAACAACACAAAAUAUAAUAUGUUAACAACACAAACAUAUAUUAUGAUAAUUAUAAGCAUAACAUUAUUAAAAUUACAUUGGUCAAGGUAAUUCUUAUAAUGUUUAAACAUUUUUUAGCCAAAACAAAAGUAAAACAUAAGCGUAGUUGAUUUUUUGGUUCAUUCUCGAGAACUAACACUUUUCAUGGCUAUCUGUUACUGUUGGCUGGAAUUGAACUCCAGACCAUCAACUUGAGGUUUGGUCAGUUUUUACCAUUCGACCAGCCAGUCACUCCAAUAACGAGGCACCCUUAUUGAUUGAUACUGUAACACAGGAAGAAUAUAGACGUCAUGUGACUUGCCGACUGCGUAUAACUCUCAGGGUUAUACGCAGUUGGCUGCGCAUAACCACUUCGUUAAUGCUUUGCUCAAAAUUAAUUGAUUUAUUCAGAGACUUCUUAAUUAUUAAUUCUUUGAUAUUUUAAUUUUGUCACAUGUCCACCCCACCUUAAUAACUCCAUUUAAAAUGUGUCACAAAAGUUAGACUAGACACUCUGCCUAAUAAAUUCAUGACCCACACCCCACCUCCCCAAGAUACCUGACUUCAUUUUUUUGUUUUAUGAAUGGUCACUGUAUACAGUAUUAAAGGUUAUAGUGCCUAUGGUAUAUAGAAAUGAUGUACUUAUAAUACUGAAUGUUUAAAAACUCAAAAUCUGGAAAUCAUGACCCCCACCCCACCCCCCCAAGAUACCUGACUUCAUUUUUUUGUUUUAUGAAUGGUCACUGUAUACAGUAUUAAAGGUUAUAGUGCCUAUGGUAUAUAGAAAUGAUGUACUUAUAAUACUGAAUGUUUAAAAACUCAAAAUUGAUUUUUCAUGAAACAAAAAGUCUCAAAGUUCAAGCUUAAUUAACUUAAAAAUGAAGUGUUGUAAUUCAUAACACAUUUAUAAUUGAUACAACCAUAUAUUAUGAGGCAUGUACUAUAAUUUUGAUGAUGCAAACUAUUCACCACUAUGAUCUUUCUACUCAAUCUUUUUUCGUGGCUGGAAGUAAUGGAAGUUGUUUAAUAAUCUAUGCAUUAUCUCUCUACCUCUUAUUUGUUUGAUUUUGUCCUAGGACAUUUAAAACGAGUUAGUUUCAGCUCUGAACCCUGAAAUACUAAUAAACUUAUCAAAUUUUUUUUUUUAGUGUCAUCUGGCAUUUUAAAGACAUUUAUUAUUUAUCCGAGUACACGUGUCAAUGUAAAAAUAUAAUUAAAUCAAACACUCUGAUUAUAUGAUCAGAUGAUAAAUGAAUACACUGUUUUUAUUUUAGCACAGGAAUAACAAUUGAAUGUGUGCUCUGAGUUUUAUUGUAUCAUUUGAUGUACCAUACAUAGAAUGUCAGAAGAUGCAGGACAAUGUGGUACUCUCAAAAAAUGUUUUUUUAAAUUGUUGAGAAUUAUUUUUUCUAUAUGCCAUGGAUAAUUAAUAUUGUCAUUAUUUACGGAAAAAGUAUGAACUGAAGAACUUUGAAUCACUCUUGGUGAUAUAAAAUAUUUUUAAAAAAUUAAUAGCUCACAAAUUUACAUCGUUAUGAUGCUGCAUUCUCAACUUUUAUCCACAAAAGAAAUUUUUAGUUUAAAAAAUCCUUAGUGUAUUCUCUAUUUUUACUAUUAAAAAUUUUUUACUUAGAAAACUGAAUAAAGUUUUUAAAAAAUUGUUUGUAUAUUUCAAAUGGCUUGUGAACAUUUUCAGAAUUUUGUGAAUUUUAUAUAUUUAACAUUUUUAUUUAUUAAUUCUGGUUCAUCCUUUAGGUGUUAUUUGCCCUUUAAGGGGCAGCAAUGAGCUGUGUAUACGAUUAGAGAGGUUAAGUCUAUUGAUUUUUUACUUGUAAUAUUUCAGGUGGCCAUACAAGUGAAAUUCUUAGCUUGGUGAAAGCAUUAGGAAAUCACUACAUGCCUCGUUAUUACAUUGUAGCUGAUACAGACCUCAUGAGUGAACAUAAAAUUGAGCAGUGUGAAAAGACAAAAGGCAGUUCAAGCUCUAAUUCAUAUGUGAGUGAUCACUACAAAUGCAUUAUUUAUAAACAUGUUUAUAUAUAUCUCUUUUGUUAAUAAACUACAGAAGAUUCUCUGUGACAGGAUGCUCUAACUUUGAAAAAAAUAAUUAAAGGAAAAAUUAUGUAAUCUUAUAAAUAUUACCUCAAAAGAGAGAUAAUAAAACACACUUAUUAAUAAAAAAAAAUAGGUAAAAUGAAUUUUGUACUCAAUCAAAUUAUAAAUUCCUGACAUCUAACUUUUAACAUUGACAAAUUUGUUACCCGGUACUACUGUUGUGAGUUAAUGACUGGCGACUUUGAAAUUUAUGUUUUUUAAAAUACCAUAUUAUUUAUUUAAUCUAAACAUAAAUUUAUCAGAAUAGAACUGGCACAAAAUACAGUAUGGGGAAAAAUAAGAGUACUUAAACCUCCAGCUUCUUGAACGUGUAUGUGGGUCUUUAUCAGUGCAUUGCUCCAGUCACCAUGUGUUCCCAGAAGUCAAAAGGAAGACAUGUUAAGCACUUGUAGUUGUAAAUGAGUCUCUCAACAAAGGACAAGGGGAGGAAAAAUUAUUCAUAUUUGAUCAUUGUUUUCGUUCAUGCAUAUCAGUCCUGAAUGGAGACCGAGUUUAAAAAAGUUGGCAGAACAAUUCCAAUAGAGAUUUAAAAGGACGCCGCUAAGUAACACAGGGUUGCAAUAUAUUUUUACCAAUAUGAAAUUUCACUGUUUUAUAAAAAAUACUGUGUCAAUGGAAGGGGAAGUGAUCGACCAAAAAGUGAAUUUAACUUAUGUCAGAGACUACAUAUUCCAAAAAAAUUUGAAUCCUCAUAAAACAUAGGCAAAAAUGUUUCACAAUACAUAAUCCCAGCUGGCAUAUUUGGCUCCACAAGCCUUGUCCUAUCCAGUUCAAAAAUGUUCCAAUUUCCUUAAAAAAUUUUGAACUGAGUUAUUGUUCAUGUGCAGUUUCAAGGACGGUAAUAUUAGACAUUUUAGGGGCAAAUACACCACCUGCUGGAGAGCAUGAUUCUUUAUUUAAAGAUCCCCUUCCUGUUGACACUGUACACUUCAAGAAUGGCGAAAUUUCCUAACAACAGACAGCAUUACUGUGUUAAUUGGUACUGUCUAAUUAAAUCUCUUUCAGAAUUGUUUUGCCAACUAUUUCAAAUGUAGUCCCAAUUAUUGACCACUUACAAAUGAGGGAAAAUAAUGGUUAACUAUGAUUACUUUUUCUCUUUCGAAAGAUCCAUGCGCCGCGUCUCGAGUUAUGCACUAUUGACAAAUUUUUGUGUGCGUUCAAGAUGCUGGAGUUUCUGUAGGUACUUUUGGCACAUACACUGUAACUCUACAAAUAUACACAGCAUUAAUUAAGAGGUCAUCUAAAACAAUCUGGUAGUCUUAAAACAGAUGUGUUAUCACAUUGCAUCUGAUGAACUUCAGUUAAGCAACCCUCUCCUAAUGCAAUUUAAGUAGGUUCUAUUCUUACAUCUGAAGGUAAAAAAAAUAAAAUAGGCAGUAUAAGUUAUACUAUCUUAUUUUUUAAAUAAUGUCUAACUUUCACAUACAUUUAAAAAGCCCACCUGUCUUGACACACUGUUCUUUUGGAAAGUGAUUUAUGGUAUCCACAUACAGCUGAUGUAAAGAGGUCAAAGUAGGAUUCUUUUUGCUUAUUACAUCAUAGAAACUCUAAUCUUGACUUAUUAGUUCAGUGAUUGUGAAUGUGUGAUCACUGUCCAAAUGAAAAUGUAGUCUGUGGUGGUUUUAAUUGAUUAUAUAAAUAAAUAUGGCCCAAGUUAAGGUUAGUUCAUUUUUUAAAGAUACCAACAAGAGACAAUUUUUUUUUCAAAAUUCUCAUUAAAAGUGUUUAAAGAUAAACUUGUGAUUAUUAGUCUGGUUACAAUGGCAAUUGUGUGAGAAGCCCUACACAUGUGGGGCAAAGAUUAACCACUUCUGAUAGCACAGAUCUGUUGUUAGAUUUCAUCUCAUAAGUUAUUUAUUAUUAGUUUCUGUUACCGAACAUAAAAUGACUCCAGAUAAUCUAAAUUUCGUUCUCCUCAGUGUCAAAAAGUGUGGCCUUUGUUCUAACAUGAAAUAAUUUCUUUUGUUAACUAUUAACAGACCACUUAAAUUAUUUUUUUUAAAGUUCAUUAAGUGGCUUAAAGAUUUUGAAUAAAAUAAAGGUAAUGUUGGCCUUUUUUAUAAUAGCCCAGGUUUUUUCAGAAUUUAAAUAAGCAAUCUAUGUGUGAUAAUAUAUUUUCCCUAAUCUUUAUUAAAGAAAACAGAUUUAAUUUCUAUAGGAUAAAAAAAAAGAACCUCUUAUAUAUCCUGAAAGUUAAUUUAUUCAUCUGUGUAUAUUUAUAAAUAUGUUGAUAUUUAUUGUGAAAUAUUUGAAAAUAUCUGCUUUUAUAAACUAAAACUAAAUAUCAUCAUUGAACUUACCAUGUGUAGUGCAAUGCAGUGCAAUUGAGCCAGGUAUUCAUCAUCACCACACCUUACACUCAAUUCAGGUCAUCAGCCUGAUUCUCACACAGACACCCACAUUUUUGUGUCUGUUAUUUACUCAUCACAUUAAUUUGAUUUGAAUGGAGAUGUAACCAGGCAAAAGAACUCAUUGUUUGUGACCUGAUAGGCUGUAUUUUUAACCGACUUGUGGCUUAUUAUCACAGCAGUGAAACAGAUGUUGUAUGGAAAAGAAUGCAGUGGCCAGAAUAUUCAAUUCUACUCUUAUUCAUAAUUUGAAAAUUGAUCCAACAGUACUGUAACAUGAUUCCCAUAUGUUAGUAAAGUUUAUUGCAGAAGAAUGAUCACAAUCAAAUAUGAUUGUCAUAUUAAGUCACAUAUAAGACUAAUAACAUGAUUUAAGAGCAUUAUCAAUCACAUGCCAUAUGUUAUAUUAAUGUUUAUUUUUUCUUUAACUCCCAGCUUGCCAUUUUCCUUCAUGUGCUAAGUAAUUUUUUUAUUCUUUAUUUUAUUCACAAUUUUUUAAAACUAUUUUUGUCUGAAAAUAAAUGCCAUCACAAUUUCUUUUCAAAACUUUAGUUUUAUGCAUGCCUUUUCUAAGGCUAGACUUAGUAAAACCCUCACUGAAUGACAAAAGAGAGUACUGAAGGCUCUUUAUUUUCUGUUUUAAGACUAUUAAUUUAAUAGUUAAUUAACUCAAUUCAGUUAAAAAAAACUGCCCCUUUUUUUUCAGUAUCAAAUAUUUACAAUUCCUCGAAGUCGUGAAGUUAAACAGUCUUAUUUGACAAGUGUCUGGAGCACUUUUCGAGCAUUAAUUUUCUCUUUUCCCCUAGUAUUUAAACUAAGGCCUGAAGUGGUGAGUAAAGAAAAUAUGUUAUUUUCUGAAUAAAUGAGUGAGUUUUAAAGAUUCCCCAAAUUUCUUUUACCAUUUUUUGUUGUUCUAUAUUAACAAAAAUCUGAAAAUGAUCUUAUAACAAAUGCAUGCUCUCAGUUAAAACAUUUUUUCUCAUUAAGAAGGUUGGAACUGCCACAGUGCAACAAACAGCAUACCAAAUCCACAUAAAGAUCAAUAAAAUUAUAAAACUAACUUGAUAAAUAAUAAAAAUCAAAUGAAAGAACAUUCAUAAAAUAAUGUACUAAUAGUAAUAGUAAUAUUCAAAAACAAUUUUGCAUUAUGGAAGAUAACAAACGUCUAAUUAUUUUUAUAUUUCCCAGAUUUUAUGCAAUGGUCCAGGAACUUGUAUACCUAUUUGUGUAGCUGGAUACUUUUUAAAGGUAUUGUUAUAAAAUUAUAGUAAAUAUCAGUUAAGAUAUUUUCAAAUAGCAUUCAAUAAUACUUUUAAAGUUAAAGGCUGUAUAGGUUAUCAUUUAUAUUUGAUGUUUUGAAAGAAAAAAGUAAUCUACAUUGAAAAUAAUUAAUAGGAAUCAUAGAUCCUUACUUGUCCAUUAUAAUAUAUCACACUUUUCAGGAUAAUUAAAAAAUUGAAAGAAAUUAGGCAUUUUCAGUACAGUGUCUCUGUAUAAUUAUAUUAAUAGAGUUGCAGCAAAAAUUUGAAACAAUCCCCAAUACUGUUUUCAACUGUUUCUUAAUAAUUUUAAAAACCAAUUAUAUCCAGUUUGACAAAAUUUUAUGUUAACUUAAAUUGAUAUUUCCAUUUUGCAGUUGUUUACCGGACAGACUACUAUUGUAUAUGUUGAGAGUUUCUGUCGAGUUAAAACUCUGUCGCUAUCAGGGAGUUUGUUGUAUCACUUUGCUGACCACUUCAUGGUCCAGUGGCCUGAACUUGUAAUGACAUAUCCUAAAGCCAAAUAUAUUGGACGUCUAGUCUGAAAAACACAUCUUUUGUCGAUGUAUAACUGAGUUACAUAUAACUGCUUUCUUGUUUCAUUGUUUCUCUAUAAUCACUUGUGUUUUUAAGAUGACUGCAGGGUAAAAAAAUCUUGCUCUUUUUGAUGGUAAGGAUUUCAGAAUAC